AUGGAGCCGGGAUUCAACUGCUCUGAGCUCUGCGAUGGCAGGUCCAGUGUUGGCAGCCAGGAGCAGCAGCGCACACUGCAGGAGCUCUGCACUGUAACAGUGACCUCUUUUGACCACAGUGGGAAGAGCUCCCCAUCCUUCUCUGUUGGUCUCCUGGGAGUUGUGUGGACAUUCCUGACUGGAGGAGUCCUGCUAGCACUCUUCUUUCUCAUCUUCACAAUUCGCUUCAGGAAAAACAGGAUCGUGAAGAUGUCUAGCCCUAAUCUCAACAUUGUGACCCUGCUGGGCAGUGGCUUGACUUACACAAGUGCUUACCUCUUUGGGAUUCAGGAGCAGAGCCUGCCAUCUGGAGACUCGGUGGAAAAGCUUAUUCAGAUGCGGCUCUGUCUGCUGUGUGUGGGGACCUCCCUGGUGUUUGGCCCUGUCCUGGGGAAAAGCUGGCGGCUCUACAAGGUGUUCACCCAGAGGGUGCCAGACAAGCGAGUGAUCAUUAAAGACCUCCAGUUGCUGGCGAUGGUGGCAGCGCUGGUGCUGGCAGAUGCUGUGUUGCUCCUGACGUGGGUGUUCUCUGAUCCAGUCCAGUGCUUCCGAAGCCUCAGCGUCUCCCUGCGGGCGACAGAGAAAGGCAUGACCUGCUCAGUGAGCCGGGUGCAGUCCUGUGCAUCACUCUAUUCCGAUCUUUGGCUCAUUCUCAUUUUAGGCUUUAAGAGUAUCCUCCUGCUAUAUGGGACCUACUUGGCCGGUCUGACCGACAACAUCAGCUCCUCACCAGUCAACCAGUCCUUGACACUCAUUGUUGGAGUUAACCUCGUUUUCCUGGCUGCUGGCACUAUCUGCUUAGUUCACCGUUUCUUCCGUACUUGGCACAAUUUGCUGUUUGGUUUUACCUCUGGAGGCAUCUUCGUGUGUACAACCACGAUCAACUGCUUCAUCUUUAUCCCCCAGCUCAAGCAGUGGAAAGCCUUUGAAGAAGAAAGCCAAACCGUGAGCCACAUGGCGAAAUAUUUCACCAGCCCGAGCAGGAGCUGUCGCUCAGUGUACAGCGAGGAGCAGCUCUACCAGCUGAUAGGGGAGAAAAACUCCAUGAAGCGGCUGCUCACCGAGAAAAACGCCGUGAUCGAAAGCCUGCAGGAGCAAGUGAGCAGUGCCAAGGAGAAGCUGAUGAGGCUGAUGUCUGCAGAGAGUGGCUCUGACCCCCGGGACAGCACUGAAGGUGACCUGAAAGACGUCCAGGAGUGUGAGACACCUGCAGGGCAGGGGCAGCCUCUGGAGCAGCUGCCAGGCCAGGCCAACUCAGCUGGUGUAGCCUGGGAGUCAGCCCACAAAGUCAGCUAUGUGAGCAGUGAGAAGCUGCGGGAAAUAUUGCAAGAGCUAAGCUUGGAUGGCAGAAACUACAGCUCGGCCUCACCUAUGGGACCCCGACUGGGCAGCCGAGGCACCCCAGGGGAGCAGGGAGAAACGUGGCAGGGCAAGGAGGACUACCCAGGCAUCCACACCCCCCUCAGCCCCUACCUGGCGAGGCGACGCCGGAGGAUCCUGUUGCCCCCUGCCUCCACCAACUUCCCUGGACAUGAGCAGCGGUGGUGGCAGGGCCCAAGGGGACCUGCUGAGCCCUCCCUGCGCUCACUGUACUAUUACCCAGACUCUGACUCCAGCAGCAGCAGCUCCUCUGAGGAGAUGUUUCACGGGUGCCAUCGACCCUGCUGUGAGGUUUGCUUCCAGAGCCCACGUGGCUCCCUGGGCAGCAGCAGCACAGACACGGACACAGAGCCCA